AUGUACAUUCCUGAAAAACGUGCGAAUGAUUCGCACAAGAACAAGAUCUUCAUCAUUUGUGCAUCGUCCAUUAUUUUCGUGAUUGCCCUAUGCGUGGGCAUCUUCUUCCUGUCCAGAUAUCUCCGCCAGCGUCACUCCGAGCCCAGAUAUAUCCCCGGGAAAUACCUCAAACUGAAAUGGAGGCAGUGGCGACCAGGGACUGCCUCGUACGGGCAAGUUCCAAACCAAUCGAAUGCAAAUACCCAAGACACCUCAUAUGGCGGAGCUGGAUCAGCACCAGAAAUGCAAACUGCUGAUGGCGUCCGCCGGGAAACAUCCAUCCGCUCAAUCAUGACACUACCGCCCUACUCACCCAAUCCAAAGCCGACCGAGCAAAUUAUCGCACGGGAAGGCGAGCGCGGUGGAAUGGACAUGGUCGUGGAAUAUCCCGAAACUGCCGAAGAACAGGAAACCCGACGUGAAGAGCAAAUGGACUCACUCUACCAGCUUCGCCUCCAGCGUCGCCAGGAACUGGCCGAUCGCGAGGCCCGGCGCCGGGAACGACGGGAAGCCCGGUCGCGCGGCGACUCCACCCGCCUUGAACAACUUGCCGCCGAAUCCCGCGCCAGAUCGCAGGCUCGCCGCCCAGGGAGCAAUGCAAGCAGCGGUGUUAAUGUAGCCGCGGCACUGGCCGAGCACCAAUCGCGAGAACGGGACCGCCGCAUUUCAAGCGUCAGCUAUGCUGAAAUUGGACAUGUCCGCCACGACGGCUCGCGGCUUCGAGCAGACUCCCAUGAUUCAGACCGCUACCCGCUGCUACAGCAGGAUUCUGCAUCGAUGGAGGAUCCUUCCAGCCGGGAAUCCCGAGUCCAAUCCUUUGCCUCGUCAAUUCACAGUCAGUCAACUGGUGCCACUGAGCUGGAACCUCUCACUCUAGCGCAGACCACAACGCGUGGAUCGAGUCGGCCGCAAUCGCAAACUGAUGAGGGGGAUCUGGGCACUCUUAACAUGCCCCCGCCUCCGGAGUAUGACCAUUUGGACUGGGGUGAUGCCCCUGCAUACCAGAGCCCGGUCGCCGACCGACAUGAGCAGCCUCAGCGAUUACCUAGUAUCUCGCGCUUGCCUUCUAUCCAUGUAAACCUGCCGAGUCCAAUGACUGUCUCGCCGGUUACGCCAACGCAGGGCACCUUCCAAACUAUCAGUGAAUCUUCUUCUACGCCGACUAUCAGACAGGUGUCGGCCGAGUCGAGGACAUCCGACUCCGCUCAGGCUUCCUGA